AUGAUGGUUGAAUCCGCCUCGGAGACGAUCCGCUCCACGCCCUCGGGCCAGAACGGCGUGGGCAGCCUCGCGAGCCAGCCCGAUGGCGGCGGCGGCGGCGGCGGCGGCAGGGAAGGAGCGGCCAGCGGCGAGCCCAACGGCGAGAUGAGCCCCGUGGAGCUCCUGCACCUCCAGCAGCAGCAGGCUCUCCAGGUGGCUCGACAGUUCCUGCUGCAGCAGGCCGCGGGGCUCAGCUCGCCCGGCCCCAAUGACACCAAGCAGCCCGCGGUGCAGGUGCCCGUGUCCGUGGCCAUGAUGUCCCCGCAGAUGAUCACGCCGCAGCAGAUGCAGCAGAUCCUCUCGCCGCCCCAGCUCCAGGCCCUCCUGCAGCAGCAGCAGGCCAUAAUGCUGCAACAGUUCCAGGAAUAUUACAAGAAGCAACAGGAGCAACUUCACCUGCAGCUAUUGACACAGCAGCAAGCCGGAAAGCAGCAACCCAAAGAGCCGCUCGGGAACAAGCAGCUGGCCUUCCAGCAGCAGCUCCUGCAGAUGCAGCAGCUCCAGCAGCAGCACCUGUUAAACCUGCAGCGACAAGGGCUCGUGAGCCUCCAGCCGGGCCAGGCCUCCGUCCCGCUGCAGAGCCUCCCCCAAGCCGUGUGCCCCUCGGACCUCCAGCAGCUCUGGAAGGAGGUCACCGCCAGCCAGCCCGUCGAGGACAGCAUCAAGCAAGAGGGCCUCGACCUCUCCACCAACACCUCCAACUCUACCUCGUUUCCGGCCGCCAAGGUCUCGCCCCCCAUUCCCCAUCACUCUCUGCCCAAUGGCCAGAGCGCCAUGCACACGCCGCGAAGAGACAGCUCUUCCCACGAGGACGCGCCCGGCUCGCACCCGCUCUACGGCCACGGCGAGUGCAAGUGGCCCGGCUGUGAAACCCUCUGCGAGGACCUGGGGCAGUUCGUCAAACACCUCAACACGGAGCACGCGCUCGAUGACCGGAGCACGGCGCAGUGUCGCGUGCAGAUGCAAGUGGUUCAGCAGCUGGAAAUACAGCUGGCGAAGGAGAGCGAGCGGCUGCAGGCCAUGAUGGCCCACCUGCACAUGCGACCGUCGGAGCCGAAGCCGUUCAGCCAGCCUGUAAGCCUGAACCUGGUCUCCAGUGCCAGCCUUUCCAAGAGCACUUCCGACACCUUUCCCGACGGCUUACCUCACCCGCCCACCUCCGCCACCGCCCCCAUCACCCCCCUGCGCCAGGGCCCCUCCGUCAUCAGCUCUUCCACUUUACACAACGUGGGGCCCAUCCGCAGGAGAAACUCGGACAAGUUCUGCACGCCGAUAUCUUCAGAACUUGCACAGAAUCACGAGUUCUACAAAAACGCCGAUGUGCGGCCGCCCUUCACGUACGCCUCGCUCAUCCGGCAGGCCAUCCUUGAGACCCCAGACAGGCAGCUAACGUUGAACGAAAUCUAUAACUGGUUCACGCGGAUGUUCGCCUACUUCAGGAGGAACACGGCCACCUGGAAGAACGCCGUGCGCCACAACCUGAGCCUGCACAAGUGCUUUGUGCGCGUGGAGAACGUCAAGGGCGCCGUGUGGACCGUCGACGAGCACGAGUACCAAAAGCGAAGGCCACCAAAGAUGACCGGGAGCCCGACUUUGGUCAAAAACAUGAUUUCGGGACUUGGGUACGGAGCACUUAACGCCAGCUACCAGGCCGCCUUGGCGGAGAGCAACUUCCCGCUGCUGAACAGCCCCACGAUGCUGAACACGGGCUCGGCCAGCGGCCUCCUGCACGUGGGCCACGACGACGUGAGCAGCACCGUGGAGCAGGUGAACAGCAACGGCAGCAGCAGCCCGCGCCUCUCCCCGCAGCAGUACAGCCAUCCCGUGCACGUGAAGGAGGAGCCCGCCGAGGCCGAAGACGACAGCAGGCCCGUCUCCCUCAUGGCCGCCGCCAACCAGAAUGUGACCAUUCCCGACGACAGGGACCUGGAGGAGGAGCUGCCGGUGGAAGACUUGUCCUAAGGACCCCGUUGUCCUCCUCCCCACCGUCGUCCUGCCCGAGGGGCGAGCGCUUCCCUCCCUCCGCGGCCGGAGCCCCCGCAGCGGCUCCCACCUCCUCCAGGUGACCUCCGGCGUUAACCUCUUUUUAAAGGCACUUCCACAGAGCAAAAGGGUUUCCUUGGGGUGACCUGUUGCUGACGGCACGUCCCUCCUCCUCCUCCCCACUGCCCGCGUCCUGGGCGCCAACAGAUUCCUGCCUCGGGUGCCACGCAGAGAUCCGCAAGCCCAAGAGCUGAACUUUUUCUUUCCCCGUGGAUAGUGACUGAGUGGUGGACGAGGAUGGUAGGUUGUUUCUGUCCAGCGUUGUCCCUCCUUCCUUCCCGGCAUCCCUGGAUCCUCCGUGCUGGCUCCCCCAGCAGUAUUGUGGUGGGCAUUGGACCGUGCCCAGGAAGAGGCAGCUCCAGGAUCUGCCCUGGGCACCGGCAGCGCUUGGAGGGAAUGCGAUGGCAGGACCCCCCGCGCCUCCUGCCCAAGGGGGUUUUGCACUAGGAGGAGUCUUCACCCCUUCCCGCCCGCUGCCUCCCGUCAGCUGGACGGCAGCUUUGGGGGGAAAAACAGCAGAAACGGGGACGACGCCUUCGCGUCGUGGCUGGAACAAGAUGCCUUCCCGACGCAUCGCUGGAGCGCUUGGAGCCCGGAAGAGCCAACUUGUGUUUGCCRCCGUCCCUGUCCCCUGCGGUGCCGGGGGAGGCGGCGGCGCGGUUGAACACGCCACAGCUCAAGCCGCUUCUCGCCGUCACGAGCGCGGAGGGCGACRUCUCCAUACUGUGAAGCGCCGGAGAGGCCAGG